UUCAAUAAUCAAUUCCAUAUUCUAAAGCGAUUAUUCUGGUGGAGCUCGUUGAACCUCAGAAGAAAUGGAUGGAAACAACUACUCCUAUGGAACAUCUUGGGCUGAUCAGUGGGAUGAUGGGCCUGACCCUGUGAUGGUUGGGUCCAAUUCCUCUAACAAAAAGAGCAAUGGCACAACGGCAAAAUACAAGCAAAAACUUGGGGAGGGUUUUGGGAAGACCAAAGCAGUGGCCUCCACCGGCGUGAAGAAGUUGAAGGAUGGUACCUCCGUUGGCAUCCACUGGAUCAAGACCAAGUAUUCCAAAACCACCCAGAAGCAUUAAUUAUAUCUGUUCAAACGUCUUUUUGUAGAUUAUUGAAAUCUGCUAUGUACAAUUUUUUAUUUUCUUUUUGUUUUUACUUUGUUGGAAUCUAUGUCUAGCUUCUU